ACGGUGGCUAGCAUAUCUCCUCAACUAGAGGCGUUCCAGAUUUCAAUUUGGAGCCUGAACUCGCACCCGGUCCUCGGAUCCGGUCUAGGUUUGCUCCAGCCCGCGUCUACCGGACUCGUUAUUGUAGUGGCCUCCGCCGACACCUAUCGGCUGACGUAUCUUAUCCAUCAACCGAUUCCUUCGACUCGCGGUGCAGUGGACUUGGGCUCGGCGGUCUCCGCGUUCCACUUCGGAAAAGAACCAGGCAAACAACCGGAAAGAAGAGAUGCCGACGUUGAACCUGAGCACCAACGUGCCAGUGGACGCCGUGGUGGCAUCCGACAUCCUCAAGGACUGCACCAAAGCCGUCGCUAAGAUCAUCGGCAAGCCCGAAUCCUAUGUGAUGAUUUCAAUAAAUGGAGGAGUGCCUAUGGCUUUUGCUGGAAGUGAAGAACCAACGGCAUAUGGAGAAGUCAUAUCCAUUGGGGGUCUUGGUCCAAGUGUGAAUGGGAAGCUAAGUGCAGCUCUUGCUGAAAUUCUUGAAACCAAGCUGUCAGUGGAUAGUUCCAGGUUUUAUAUCAAGUUCUAUGACGUACAGCGUUCCUAUUUUGGCUUCAAUGGCUCUACAUUUUGAACAAGCAGGCCAUCUGCCGCAGCUCCCAUUUCCCUUCUGGGCAAGAUCAGUGUUCUUGCUGUCAUUUAGUGUUGGUUCUUAUGUAAACUUUUUGUACUUCUAUACUUCGGGAAAAUUUAAAAAAGAACCGUUAUUAUCUGGACUGUUAGCAACAUAUUCGGCUGCAACUGAACUUUAUUGAUGUUUGUAUGGAACUUUUGCCUUUUCAAUUCUCACUCAAUGUAAUAGUUUAGCCCUUGCAAUUGUCACUUAAAUAAAUUGAUUCAUGCUGUCCA